AUGGCAAGGGGCUCAAAGACCGACGAUAUUCCUGAGCACCCUCCCUCAGUAGAAGAGGAUCUUUACGAGAUUUUGGGCGUCAAAUCGGAUGCGACACCCGAAGCAGUCAAAUCAGCAUACAAGAAAAAUGCUCUGAAGAACCACCCUGACAAAGUCAGUGAGGAAGCCAGAGAAGAAGCCAACGCCAAGUUCCAACGAAUUGCCCUCGCAUACGCCGUUCUGUCCGAUGAGCGCCGUCGAAAGACCUACGAUCGUACCGGCCGCACAGAGGAGUCGCUCGACGAUGAAGACUUCGAUUGGAUGGACUUCUACCGCGAACAGCUGUCUGCUAUGCUGGAUACACGCGCGAUAUCCGAUUUCCAAAAGAAAUACCAGAGCUCCGAUGAGGAGAAGCAGGAUCUUUUGGAGGCCUAUCAGAAGUUCGAAGGUAGUAUGGAUCACAUUUAUGAAUCCGUGAUGCUCUCCAAUGUCCUGGAUGAUGACGUUCGAUUCCGCGCGAUUAUCGACAAAGCUAUUGCCGAGGGGAGCGCACAAAAAGAAGCCAAGCAAGCCGAGAAACAUGCUAAGAAGAUUGAAGCUGACAAGAAGAAGAAAGCGGCUGCUUCCUCGAAAACAUCUAAGGGCCCUACGGUCGGCGAGGAUGAUCUGCUUGCUAUGAUCAGCAAGAGACAGCAGGAUCGUGGACAGGGUUUCAUGGCACAUCUGGAGGAAAAAUAUGGUGCCAAGGGCAAAAAGCGCGGUGCAGUCGAUGAGCCUCCGGAGGAGGCAUUUGCUGCCGUUGGUGCUCGCAAGAAGUCCAAGGAUACCAAGACGAAGUCCAAGAAGGGAUCAAAGGUGUAA